AUGGUCCGCUCCACUUUGCGGGCCAAUCAGAGAGCAGACGCACUGACCGGCCAAGUCAGCGGCACCUUCCCUGCUGCUCACUUUCUGGAGACGCGACAGAACCGGCGCCGUCUCCUCACCUGUCCGGUGGAGUUUAACUGUAAAGUACAAGCUGGACGGAUGCACCUCCGCCUGCCCGCUGACAGGGCGGAGGUUACAGUCACAGAGGAGUUACCGACGCCUCCGCGGAGCGGUUCCGACAUGGCCCAGAGCGGCUCCGGGACGCUGCUGUGCCGGCGAAACGCACGGCUGGACUCCUUCCUGAAGCGGAACGUGGAGCGGGUGGUGUACGAGCGGAUCCGAGCCUACGAGCCGUGCGUGGUGGUGUCGGAGUCCAUCAACAAGGUGUACAUGCACGUGGUACUGAGCGACGAGUGCGUGUACCUGACCGAGUACCCGCCGCGGACGCUCACGGCGGCCGUGAGCUUCAGGCGUGUGCGUGACAUCGAGCUGGUGAACGACCUCCCAGAUUUCCUCAGCGGGAAGGACAGGGAACGCUGCCAGCACAUACGGAUCAUCUACAUUGCUGAGAAACCUGCAGGGAAACGACAUGAUUGGUUAAAGGGAGACAAGAAGGAGCGGCUUCCUCCUGUAGCCCCGCCCUCUCGCAAAAACAGCCACUGUCCAGAAAUAACGAGCACAUUACAAGGAUUUUCCACAGAGAGCCAAUGGAGGAAGGAGGAGCUCCCACCAGUGUUAAAGCACACCCGCUCUGCCUCAUGCCCAAACCCCGAGACUUUGGGCCUCGUGAGAGUCCCGCAGCCUCCCUCCACCCCCUCCACCUCACCUGCCUCAUCUCCAUCGCCCUCAGAGGAAAGCCUGAAGACCCUCGAGAGUGCUCAGUUACCGCGGAGGAUCGGUUCGGUCCUGUCGCGCCUGCUGAGACGAGGCUGCGUGGACAGGAAGGAGGAGAGGGAGGUGGAGCUGCACCUCUAUGCCGUCUCGCGGACGUCCAGGCUUUACUUCCACCUGCAGAGCUCGUGGAACAGUUUCAUUAUUAGGUCCACUCUGCUGUUAGAUCCGCUCUACAGAAGGAGGUGCCGUGCUUCAUCCUCUGCUCCGGCCAUCAGCUGGGAGCGGACGGCUCACCUGUUCGGCCAGCUGAGCUCGGAGCUCCUGCAGGACGGGAUCAGCGUGGAGAGUUUGUACCUGCUGCUGCAGGAGCUGAGGACCGCCGCUCACCGCAACGUCAUGCUACGCCGGCUCUUCUGGAGGUCCAGUGAGGUGUGUACUUUCCUGGUCCACACUCUGGAGGGUUGUCUUCACGGCUGUCAGAGCCCCGAUGGACUCGACACAGCAGAUCAGCUACUACUGAGCACUCUGAUCGUUGAGACGUUCGCCAUCAUGUUCAGAGAGACGGAGGUGGAAGCUGCCAGACUCAGCCUGCUCUCUGCCAAAAAAGGAGCUCUGACCUCCCGAAUGCUGCUUGCCUUAAUAUGUGACCCUCAGCCACAAACUCAUAGUGGAGCAUCUCUGAUGGACUUGGAGCUUCGGGCCUUACUCGCUGAGUAUCUGAACGCCGCCAGUUCUCUGCUCUUUGAGCUGCUGCUCGUAGGCCACGUGAGCAGCAGGUGUUUCUCUGCUGACAGCUUCCUGUCUGUCGGGUGGAUCCUCAGAGUCCUGCAGCCUCAUCCUCACCUGCUCUCCUUCAUUGAUUACCAGGUCCAGCAGGUGGUGCUGGUUCUGACGGGCCUGCAGGAGUCAGUCCUGAGCCCCGCCCACUCCGUCCUGCUGUUCCAGCGCCUCCACCUCCUGCUGGCCUGUCUGCAGUACAGCAGCCAGCUGGCUCAGCACCUGCGCUCACACUUCAGGGAGGAGUUCAGGUACUCCGUGAAGCCUCCCGAAGCGACGCUGCCGCCUCACUAUCCGAUCAGCAGACCGACUCUGCGACUAGUUGGGCAGAUUCAGGCUCUUAUACUGCACAGGUGAUCUGAGGCCAGCGUGCUCUUACACUUUGUUUUACACACAGUCGCCCUCAAUGAAGGAAUAAGGACUGGAAGUGUUUGCCUUCACCAGAGUCCCUGGGAUGCUCUACUGAAUGUUUUUGGAUUAUUAUUAUUUAUGCCAU